AUGGACUGCUACGGCACCUCUCAGGGGCCGCGGCGCCAGCGACGUCAGCCGGUCCUGCGGAGGACCCGGUUCGUCUGCGUCUCCGAUACUCACAACACCGCCGUCAAGCUGCCCAAGGGCGACGUGCUGAUCCACGCGGGGGACCUGACGAACCAAGGCAGCUAUUCCGAGGUGCGUGGCCGUAACCAUGACUUGACGCUGGACCCAGACUUCUACGCCCAACAUGGGAGUCACCUCCACAGCCAAGCACCGCAGUCUCCCCAAGACUGCAUCGCCCUCUUCGCCAACUCACCAACGAUAACCUACCUCAACCACGAAUCCGCAACAGUCCGCCUCUCCUCGUCCUCGGGCCCACACACUUCCUUCUCCGUCUUCGGGUCGCCGUACUCGCCGCGCAACGGUCUCUGGGCGUUCGGCUACGACGCGCCUCAGCACGGCAGCGUUGGCGCCACUGCCGACUUGCCCACGUUAUGGGACGACAUCCCGCUUGACGCAGACGUCGUUGUGACGCACACCCCGCCACACACGCACUGCGAUGAGUCUCGUGCCCGCCGUGCCGCGGGGUGCGAGGCGUUGAGGCGCGCGCUGUGGCGAGUGAGGCCUCGGCUUGCUGUCUGCGGACAUGUCCACGAAGGUCGCGGUGUGGAACGAGUGCGCUGGGACCUGGAGUGCACCAACACAGCUUUCAAGGAGGAGGGGGUCGAAGGGUGGGACGAUCCCGGGCAGGGCAACAAGCAGUCCCUCGUGAACCUGACAGCCAAGGGUGGAAACCCUCUACGCAACGACGGUUCUCAUCCAAAGGAAAAGGAUGAUUCACCAGAGGUUGGAACGACCACCACCUCCGUGCCGUCCGCCGCCGGCAGGAUCCCCGAACCCGCCGCGGAACCCGGGCUCGGCACGUGCGGACUCGGAGGAGACCCGAACUCUCCACGAAGCGACACUGCCGCGCUGGCCGGACGGUUGGGUCGGCGGGAGACGUGCGUGGUCAACUGCGCCAUCAUGGCCAAGAGCUACCCCCACGUUGGCGGGAAGACGGUUAACAAGCCCAUCGUCGUGGAUCUGGACCUGCCGGUGUGGGAGUGGACGCGCGACGGUAUGCCUCAGAUCGUGUAUGCGGAGGACGGGUGA